GAUUGUAAACUGCCAACACUGAACUCGUACUGCAUUCUCAAUCUGGACCUUUAUCAUCAUCAACACAUCGAACAAUAUCAAUAUCGGAGUUUCUCAGCGAAUUUAUUGAAUCACGUCCAGUGAGGUAAACAUCAUUUUACUUGGGAAAUAUGAUAGAAAAUUUAAAACUAACGGCAUCCGCUUUGAACUCUACGUCAACUUUCAAAUCAAAGAAAAACUUGCAGCAAUUAUCGUCCACAUCAUUAAUGUUAGAAUAUGAUAUCGACAAUACUUUGAAUGCGAUGAAAGAAAAUCAGUUUAGUUCGCAGAAUAAAAAUAGUAAGGAUUCGUUGCUAAUGUGCAAGGACGAAGAUAAGUUGAAUAGUCCAAGUGCUGUCGUCGUAACACCGUUAGAACCUCUUUCAAUAAAUUGUGAUAACGAUAUGAAAAUUGUAUUGCCGCCAACACCGCCGUCUACUCCCGUCAUACAAAAUACAGCUCGAAAACGUUGGAAAAUGUUAGCCAAAGUAUUGCGGAAAGAUUCCGAAGAAGCUAUAUCCUCUUCGAGUGAGGAGCAUGGAGAAGAACAAGCGGCGUCCGUUAGGCGUUUUAAAUCGUUCGAUUUAUUGCGUAAAGACAGCUUUGAAGAUCAUAUCACUUUAAAUUGCUUAGGUAAAGCGGAAAAUUGGUACAAAUAUCGUAUACUAUUGGAAAAUCAAAAUCAUUCAGAGUUCACCGUUAAUAUUCAUCACAUGGAACGUCAUUUAACUGCCUCCGAUUUGAUGGGCUUUAACAAUACCGGCAACAUAUGCGUGUGGCCAUCGGAAGAAGCUUUGACUGCGUUCGCACUGUCUGAUUUAAAUGCUUUCAAUGGGAAGUGGAUUUUAGAAUUGGGCGGCGGUUUCACUUGCCUGACUGGUUUAAUGCUUUCGAAAUACGCGAAACCUUUUGCAGUGCAUCUAACUGACGGUAACGAGAUAUCGGUGGAAAAUGUUAAAAAGACCGUCUGCCUUAACGAGUUAUCAUGUUACACCAAAUGUUCAGUUUUAAAAUGGGAAGAUAAAGAUGCCCGAGCAGCUAAUGAAGCCUGUAAAUUUGACAUCAUCUUAUCGGCUGAUUGCUUAUUUUUCGAUGAUGCCCGUUCUGCUUUAGUGGACACGAUUUGGUAUUAUUUGUCCCGAACGGGUACUGCUUUAAUAAUGGCCCCUCAACGCGGUAAGACUAUGAAUUUAUUUAUUGAAGUAUCAGUGGCGAGAGGCUUUUUAGUCAAUAUAACUCAACGCUAUAAUGAAACAAUAUGGAAACGUCAUAUGGAAUUGAAAAGGUGCCCUCACUACGAUGAAGACUUACAUUAUCCCUUUUUAUUAAAAUUACAAAAACCGCCAGAGAUGUUAAACAUCGAAAGUCCAGAGCCCUAGGUACUGUGUACCAUAUAUAAAUUCACUGUUAAUUCCAAUAUUUUAAACGUGAUCAGAUGAUGUUCCCCUAUUUUAAUUGAAAGUAAGUUUAUUAAUUUCUUAAAAUAAUUAAAACACAGGGCCCGAUACAAUAAGUAUUUUAAAUGGCCCACACACACACACACAAACACACACACACACGAAUGAAUCAGAAAUUUGGACACUAUAUUUUACGGAAUGUUGGGAAUGACGGGGAGGGGAAGGUUUUCCGAUGAUGAAAAAUUAAAUUCAACGUAAUUAACUUUUCUUUCGGAAACACAGAACAAUGCAAUUGCAAAGCGACUUAAAACAACGCGAGGUAAUGCCGUUGUCUCCAGGAAUCAUGCCAAACUUAUAAAUUUACAUCGUUGACAAUGGUGUCUCGAAAUUUUUUAAUAAUACUAAUGGAAGUAUUUUACGAUCAGCUGUUGUUGUGCCGAGGACAACAAUAUACAAUUUACACGUGGGUUUUCUGCUGCUUCGCAAUAGGUACCUUAUUCUGCCGAUUGUGAUUAACUAGAAGAUUAACAUCGUUUGGCUUUUAAGUUAUCAAUUUCCAGGCGCCUGGUGGCCUUCUUCGCCCCGCUCGUGAACGCACAUCUUUUGAUAAUACUAAUAAAUUUGUGAUGGCCUAUCUUAUCUUUGAAAGAAAUAUUUUUAUUUGACCAUGAAUUUUUACAUAAUUUUGUUUCUUCAUUAAAACUCUAGAAAAUAUGCUUAAUAAUAUUUCGCAUCUUUUAAUAAAAUAAUAUAUACCGUCCAAAAAGCUUUAAAUUGGUAAUAUGUACUGCACCAUAUAAAAUCUAUAUAUUUUACAUAUAUAUAUUAAAUAUACUAUAUAUUCCAACGACUCGUACAAGCAUUGACGGCGAAGUUCGGUGAGGUUGACGGCAAAGACGCCGAGGAAAUGCCCAUAAACGAGGCGAUGGCAUUUUUUAGUGGGGAAUGUGUCUCCAUAAACGCCGAUGAUAUCUUUGCUAUACCCUUCCUCUAUAGCGUCAUUAAUGUGCUUGAAUAUUUAAUUGUUGGCUGAUUAGGUCUAAUGAGUGGCGGGUAUGUUUUCAACUUAAGAUCUCCAAGGUUUUCUCAUUUGUAUUCGUGACAAUCAAAACUAAAAAUUUAGAACAAUGUAAGAUGAUGGGUAAUAAGGCAUUUUUUGCCUUGAGUUGUCUACAUUUCUGCUUAAAAUUUUCUUGGUCCUGGCCUACGGACGGUUUUCCAUAUAAACGAAACGAAUCGUUGGUAUUCCUGACCAGAUUGCAUGCUUUUUAAUUUUUUAAUUGUACCCACAAAUCGACGCAUUACAAGGCUUUUUUGGGUGAAACGUAGCAAAAGGUUUUAAGCCGAAGAGAAAGAUCUUUACAAUCCUCAAAAGAGUUUGUUGAAAUAUCGAAGGUUCCAAGACUUGAAUGAUCUAAAGAUCCACCUAAACUAUUCCUUUGACUGAUAAAUAAAACUCUGCUUCCAUAAACUAAUAUCAGCCUGAAACACACAACACUAUCGUCAUCGCUUCUGUAGAGAAAAUAAGCAAAAAUGUGCAAAAAUAUUUGCUCACUACUGAAGGUUGGGGUUGUCAGCGAGUCAUUUCUUCAUUUGUUCGACAAAUGUGUAUUGAUUUCCGCUUCAGGUAUAUAUUAACGUUUUUACGCGUUUUUAUAAAAAUUUAUGUAGGACCAACGCGUUUUGGAAUUGGGAUUAGAACAUGCAAUCCUUUUUUUCUUUUUUGCUUUCUCUCUUCCUUUGCUUGUUGCUUCUCUGCCUUUUUAUAUUUCAUGUAUUGAAAUAAUCGGAUAAACCUUUAUCCCGACUUUGUAUAUAUUCCAAGACUUGUCCCUAUAUAUCAAUUUGUGUCCAAAUUUUGAAAUUUUAGCUUUAAACAAAAGACAAAAAUUAUUUUAUUUUCUUUUUUUAUGAUAAAUCUUUAAGAUAAUUAUUACUUUCCCACUUAAAAUAUAAAAC